GCCGCGGGCUGGACAACCCCCGGCGAGGUGAUGGUAAACGCAGAGCUCGGCGAAAAGGAGCGCUGCCCCGGUCAAGGCGGGCAGGGCUGCAGCUGAUUUGUGCUGGCAAAGCACCAGCCGGCUUUUCCCCAGCUGGAGCAUUGAGCUAAAAGCUGCUCAGUGGUGUGCAGCUUAAUCAUUGCACCAAGCCGUGUGGGGCUGAGACGGGGCAAAAGAGGCUGCUGCUGGCUUGCAGGGGACCAAGUGUCUGCAUUCCAGCUUCGGAAGAGUUUCCGAGCCAGCAAGUGAGGGUGCAGAAACAGCUGCCUUUCCCAAGAGCAUCGUCUCCUCCCCACGUAGACAAGGAGAGACUGGAGCCACCAAACAUCCCGCAGCCUCGUCCUUUCCAAAAAGCGGUGAUAUCCCUGCACGAAGCUCACCCAAGGAUGUUUUUAAACCUCGGAUGCUGCUCAGAGAGGCAAAGUUUCCAGCUGCUCCCCUUGAAGACACACCGCAUUCCUCACCCCCUACCAGGGGGUCGCUUGGCCACCAGCGUUUUGGCAGGGCAUGAGCCAGCCCCGCGCACCUCCCCACCACCUCCCCACGGACGGGGACAUCAACGCCUCGGCCGCUCACUGCCCCCAGCACUGGGUCGAGCCCCGGUUCACGCAGGCGGCGAGGGUGCGCGUGGCCAUCACGGCCGUCUUCUUCUUGCUGGCGGCGUGCAGCAACGCGGCGGUGCUGGGCAGCCUGCUGAGGAAGAGGAGGAAAUCCCACGUGCGGCCGCUCAUCCUCAGCCUGGCGCUGGCCGACCUGCUGGUGACGGUGGCGGUGAUGCCCCUGGAUGCUGUGUGGAACGUGACGGUGCAGUGGUAUGGCGGCGAGCUCUCCUGCAAGCUCCUCAACUUCCUCAAGCUCUUUGCCAUGUACGCAGCUGCCCUGGUGCUGGUGGUGAUCAGCCUGGACCGGCACGCCGCCGUCCUCCGACCCUUCGCCCGUGCUCGACGCCGCAACGGGCUGCUGCUGCGUGCCGCCUGGGCGGGCAGCGUGCUCCUGGCUGCUCCGCAGCUUUUCCUCUUCCACCUGCACACGAUCCCAGGAGGGAACUUCACCCAGUGCGUUACCCACGGCAGCUUCCGAGCGCACUGGGAGGAAACCCUCUACAACAUGUUCACCUUCACCACCCUCUACAUCACCCCCCUGAGCAUCAUGAUCGUUUGCUACACCCGAAUCAUCUGGGAGAUCAGUAAGCAGCUCAAGGUCAACAAAGGUCUGGUAAGAAAUCAAAACGACCCCAUCUCCAAGGCGCGCAUGAAGACCCUCAAGAUGACGGUCGUGAUCGUCGCCACCUUUGUCAUCUGCUGGACCCCGUACUACCUGCUGGGCUUGUGGUACUGGUUCCAGCCAGCCAUGAUCCACAGGACGCCCGAGUACAUCAACCACAGCUUCUUUCUCUUCGGCUUGCUACACACGUGCACCGACCCGGUCAUUUACGGGCUGUACACUCCCUCGUUUCGGGAGGACGUGCAGCUGUGUCUCAGGGGCAUCAAAACAGCAAUCACCAGGCACGAGAGACAUAAACCUGCCUCAGCCUUGGAGAAAACCAUCAAGGAUGGGGCUGGAAAUGGCAGGGGGGCAUCAGGGGGCUCCAGCGGGACAACUGUCAACACGGUGUGCUGA